AUCAACGUUCUUCAUUCGUUCGUACGCUUUGAGCCUGUUCGCCGCGUUUUGUGUGCGUCGUGUGGUUUAGCCGUAGCUGCAACAGCUGUCAUCGCUGCUAUCAACUAAAAACGUUUACAUUUGUUUUACGUCGUCGUGUCGUCGUUCUUUCUUUUUGACCAGGGCACACAUUUCUCUGACUUCAAUUCUGUUUCAAAUGCGAAAGAGGAUGGUCAAAAAAUUUUCUUGUAGCAAUUAAGCAGCAAGAAUUGAAACGUCUUUUAGUUGUUCGACUACAACACUUAUGCAAAUAUUGUGAAUAUACAGUCGCGAAGUGUUUUGUGAAAGAAUUGCGGGGAAAUAAGAAUCUGCCGAAAAUAUUUAAAAGGAGUUUUAUUAGAAUACCACCUUUAAAUAUCAACACAAUUCAAUAAAAAUUUUGCAGAAAACUUAGAUUGGACAGUCGCCAACUUCAUUCCACCACACAACAGUAGCAGCAGCAGCAGCAACGCAAAGAAUAUUGCGCUCAACACGAAUUAAAUUCCGGGAUCGCGAAAAAUAUAAAGUUUUUUUGCGUUUAUAUCCAGUUAAUAAUAAAAAUAAUAUAAUUACACAAAGGCAAAAAAAUUGCUAAAUUAAUUAAUUUUGCAAAUCAAUGUGAAACAUUACCAACAAAAACUGACCAACCAAAUCGAAAAGGAAAAUUUCGUACUAUUUUCACAAAACCAAAUAAUGAAAAUUUAUACCUAAUCCGUGCUACAUUUUUUUAAAAUUGUAGCCGUAUAAAUUUUUCAAUCAUAACUGAUGUAUGAUUUUUUAUUGUGCAAAUAAUUUAAACAAAAGAAAUUUGCAAAGUGAAAAGUGAAAAAAAAUUUCAACUGACUGAUGUAAAAAAUAUCAAAAAGUGGAAAUAAAAAUCUAUAACUUUUUCUUAUUUGUGAAAAUUUAAAAGAGUUUUUUAUUCACUGAAUAAUAUAAUCACUGAAGGCAGUUAAGAAUUUUCAACGAAAAAUUUUCGCAAGAAUUUUUGAACGAUAGCAGCCCCACCAGCUAAUUUAGCCGGAGAAGCCACAGUCAAAAUACAAAAAGCUGUGAGCAAUUGCUGUCAUGCAUAGAGUUGAAAACAAUACCAAAUCAUACAUAAUCUCGAAAAAUCGCAAUUUUGCAAAUAAUAAACAAAAGAAGAAACUUAGUGCAAAUAUACUUUUAUUACACAAUUUGUGUAACAGUUUUUGUGGGCAAAGUAUAAGAAAAGUGAGAAAACAUAUAUUCAAUAUUAACGCGAGUGAAAACAUUCAUACCAACAAAUUAUACUCAAAUCUAUUUGUUGCUAAACGUCUGUUUCCAAGAGAGUUCAAUCGCAGCAUUGUUGUUCUAUCGCCUAGUAGUCCAGAGUGAGACUUUGUAAAGGUAUACAUAUGUAUAUGACUACGAAAUAGUUGAAUAUAUAAAGAUCCGUUAUAAACACAACGGCAAAGCAUUAAAACACAAGACCAUUUGUGCACUAAGCAAAAAUUGUCAGGUUAGGCAAGCCAAAUAUUUUGAAAGGAAACAAAGAGCAAGGUGUAGAAACAACUACCUACUCUACUACAGGCUACUAGCUCACAGGCAAGCAUAUGCACCGAGAAAGGUCAAAGGGACACUAAACGGGAAUAGAGUGUUUAUUUGCUUCCUGUUGUCCAACCAACGCGUACUACAACUUUGUUUUUAUUGACUACUACUAUUCCUUGACGAGUGCAAAAGGCGCGAAAUUAUUUCGGACUAAAAUAAGUGUGUUAAUUAAAUUAAAAAAAAAAAAACAAAACAAACAAAUUUGCAACAAAAAAAAAAAGUUUGCGAAAAAAGUUUAAAUACACAUUGACAAAUUGAAGAAGGAUUAAACAACAAACAACGAAACAACAGCUAACCAAGAAUUGACCACAGCUCUCGCAUUUACACACACACACACAAACACACCACACGCUUACAAUUACAAUUGUAAAUUGUGACAUUUUCUACUGCAAAAGUGUCUUCACCAAACAGCAAAAUUCUACCGCAACGUCGUCGAGUACACGAAGCGCAAGAGGAAAAUUUCGAGACCAUUUUUGAUUUAGAAAACGUUUCAGAUAUGGCUAAAAUUGCUAACACAUUUGGUUCAUCGCCCAUUUUGGGUAGCAUCUAUUUGGGUGAUAAUUGUGAGGACUACUCGCUCAUCCGGCCCGAUCCUAGUGAGCUAUUCGAGGAUCUUAUGCCAUGGGGUAAUGCGAAUUGGGGUAGCACCAUUUGGGGUGAUAUACAAAAAAUGGAUAGUGGCAAUGAUUUACCCAUUAGCGGUACACCCGAUUAUUGCACUUUCAAGACCGAAUUACGUAAUAGUGAUUGCAUGUGGUCGGGACCAUCACAAACCGAACUGAGUACGUCGGCCACAUCGACGGGCAGUGAUUUGGCUGUAUCACGUGCGGUACCAUUGUCCGCUGUCACCGCUAAGCCGGCGCAAUCGCCAGCGCCAACUGUGGUUGUUGCCAAUAAUAAUAAGAGUAAAAUGUUGCAGUCGUCUGUUGGUGUACAACAAAAACAGCAACAAUAUGUUGAGAUAAAAAGUGAAAUAAAAACAGAACCGAGUGAUGAUUAUGAGAAGCAAUUGCAACAACAUAGCAUACCGAAUGUACGUAAUGUUGUUGUCACUACAAAUCAACAACAACAACAGCAACAACAGCAGCAGCAAAAGCCACAACAUACGUCGGUACAAAGUAUGCAGCAUAUACCGCCUGGCACGUCGCUCUUACGCAAAUCGAAUGUAUUGCAACAGCAGCAGCAACAACAACAACGAAAAUUACCGAAACACCAACAAUUGCAGCAAAAGCUCUCGACAUUGCAUUUGUCGUCGGGCAAUAUAGUAAAAUCGAGCACGCCAACUAAUAACAAUAACAACAACCACAAUCACAAUAACAAUAGCAUAGUAUCGGCAUUUGACACAAUGAACUAUGAAAUACCCGAUACCCCACCAUCCCUAGACGAUGAGGCUACCGACUUCAAACAGACCAAUAUCGAUUUGCGUGCCUGCAUGAUGGGCAGUAAUAAUAUCUCAUUGAAUGCUGGCAUUAUCGAUAAUAUUAGUAAAGAAUUGCAGGAUACAAGCAAGGAUAAAAUCAAUACUGGCCUAACCUCUGGUCACCAUGAUAUACACGAAGUGCUCGAUGUGAUAAUGCGCGAUGAGAAUAACAAGUCAAUGAUAUAUACAACAACAACAACAGCAAGUAAAAUGACAACGCACAACUUGUCCGACUGCGAUUCGGAUGAGGAUGAAGAGAGUACCGCCAAUUCCGGUUACGGUUCUGCGUCGUCCAUACUCGACGGUGAGUUGUCCUACGGACGCACAUCGCCGGUAUCAAGUCAAACCUCCAGCCAAAAUAGUAUGAGUCAUCAUCACACCGCACAGGCGCACUGUCAUAGUGAUCACAGUUAUACGCGCUGUAAGGAAGGCAUGGAUGAUCUCUCGAACUCGGCCUAUACACCCUCGGAUUCCGAUGAAGAAAUCGACGUGGUCUCGGUUAGUGAUAAAAAAUUGCCUACAAAUCCCUCAGAUCGUGAUCGUCGCGCUAUCGAACAUAAAGUUGGCUAUAGAUUCUCCACAGCGCGCAUUGUUAAGAAUCCGAAUGGCAUACGUACGAUACCGCCACGUCGUCAUGGCUCCUACACACUACCCUGCUCGCCGGCUAGCAGUAGUCCCGUGAAAUCAGUCUCUACGUCACGCUAUCCCUCACCAGCUGCCACGCCCUAUCAUAAUGGCAACACGCACACCUAUGCCAAUAAAUUCAUACAACAACAAGCAGCAGGUAGCCUAGUAAAUGGCGACAAAUCACGUAAACGUAUCACCGUGAACGGUGUGAACGGCAGCAAUAGUGCUGCUGAUAUUAGUCGUGAUCUAGACUAUACUUUGCCACCGAAUAAGAAACAUCGUGGCAAAAAGUCUUCGAAGCAUCACAAUGUUGGCGCUAUGAGUUGUACGAUGACGAAAGUUGAUAUCGAAAGUCGUUUUAUGAGUCUCGAUGAGAGCGCCGAUACGAUUGAGAAGCGUAAUUUGCACAACGAUAUGGAACGUCAACGGCGUAUCGGUUUGAAGAAUCUCUUCGAGGAGUUGAAGAAACAAAUACCGAGCAUUAAGGAUAAGGAACGUGCACCGAAGGUGAAUAUACUGCGUGAAGCGGCGAAAUUAUGCGAAUCGUUGACACGUGAAAACCAACAGUUAUGUGAUACGAAGGUGGCGCUCAAGGAGCAAAUGCGUAAGCGACAAGAGUAUUUGGCGCGUUUGCGUAGCAUGAUGAGAGAUUGAUGAUAGCCGUUAUGGAAUGUGCGAGAUCGUGUAUAAUGUCGCGCAAGCGGAUGUAGGUGGUGGUGGUGGCGAGGUGAAUGCUGAAGCUGAAAAGAAUUCAUUUAUACAAAGCAGUUAUUGUGGCCGUUGAUGAUGAUCAUUGUGAUGUUGUUGAAAAUGCAUGCCGACGCAACAAACAGCCGAGGGUGUAAGUCGUCAAAUAUUCAACGUGCUGCGUGCAUGCUGAGGUGUAGGUGAAGGAAGGAGGAGGAGGCGGAGGCGGAGGAGGAGAAGUAAAGCUUGUAAAGAUAUAAAGAUUUUUGUGUAUAUGUAAUGUAUAUAUGAGCAUUAGGGAUGCUAGUAGCAUUUAUUUGCACGUGCGAGAGUUGAGUGUUGAAAUCAAAUAUACAUUUUUUUUUCUUGAUUGUGUAAAUAUGUAUUUGGAAGGCGCAUACACUUGACUAAAUAACAGUGUUAAAGAGCUAGUUGGGUGUAUAUGUUAAGAAGGACAGAGAAAUAGUGUUAGCAGCGUUUGAUUUCUUUACAACAUUUAUAAAAUAUAUUAAUUAUAAAAUUUACAGACCCUUACUACUAAAAAAUAAUACUACUAUUUUAAAUAAUUACUAUUUGAUAAAUUCAAAUUUUUUUUUUGUUAAAUUAUAGACGAUAAGUUAAACCAAUUUGAGAAAGAAAUUAUAAGAAGCGUAGAAAAGAAGUAAUAAAUACAUACAUACGUAUAUGAAUAUGUAGCAACAGCAAAACAGUUUAAAACUCAAUUCUCUGGUUUACUGAAUGCCUACAUAUACAUAGUAUGUACAUAUUUACUGCAUUAAUAUAUAACGUAUAUAAAUUAUAUACUUUUAAGAAUAGUUAUUUUGAAGAAUAAACGAAAAAAACAACAACUAUCAAAUGCGCAAGGGCGGCAUAUUUUACUGCACGCCGACGACAGUAGGAGGUGCUAUUGCGUUUGGCAAUCAAACAUAUGCACACAUAUGUAUAUACGUAUGCCAGUAUUCUCUACGCCCCGCUGCCGCUUGAAGCAUUGCAUUAAAAUAAAUUUUUAAAUACAUAAAUUUUGCUUCCAUAAUAUGCAAUGCCUAGUGAAUAGUGUGUUUUUUUUGUUUUAUUUUUUUUUUUUUUUGUAAUAUAAAAUUUAGUUUUUUUUAUUAUUAAAAUUACUAUAU